AUGUCCGAAGAAGACGUGAUACCGGAAACAGGAGCUGUUUUCACGUAUGGAAAAAGUAGUUUUGCAGACAACAUUCCAAGUCACUUUUUCAUCAGAAAUGAUCCAGUAAUCGAAAUCAGUUGCGGGGAAGAACAUUCUGGAAUUGUCUGCAAAAACGGCAGAGUAUUUUGUUUUGGAAAAAAUAGUUUCGGACAACUUGGCCUAGGGCAUACGGAAAAUGUCUACAAGCCUAAUUGUGUUAAAAGUUUAAAACCAGAUAAGGUGAAGCAUAUAGUUUGUGGACGGUCACACACAAUUGUUUCAACAGAGAAUAACAUCGUGUACGGAUUUGGUGAUAACAGCGACGGCCAACUAGGACAAUCAGUGGCAGACGUGACCCACAGCGAUGUGCCCAUCGAAGUCACCCGCUUCAACGAUAAGAAUAUCAUUCAAUUAUCCGCUGGAUCGUAUCACACGGCUGUCCUCUUAGAAAACGGCGACGUUUACGUCUGGGGAUCGAACAGCGACAGACAACUGGGACUGAACUCGGUGGAAGAGGAUUCGGUCAACGUCAGUGUGCCGACCAUCGUGCCGAUCGCCCUGCCCGUUUUGUACGUAUCUUGCGGGCACACUCACACCGCAUUCGUCACCAGAAUCGGAGACUUGUAUACGUGCGGUGAUAGAGAGUAUGGAAAACUUGGCCACGGCUUGUGGUCACUGAGCCGGGUCGACACGACCGAAAAGAUCGUAAGAGUCGCUUGCGGGGCUAACCACACGAUCGCAUUGAACGACGCGGGAAAAGUGUUCGUUUGCGGUAACAACGACUGUGGACAAAUAGGUCUGCGAAACGUCACAUCGCAAGGUCAUCUGUACCCUUGCCCCAUUACCAACGAACCGAUAGUUCAGAUUGUGUGCGGCCAGAGCCACAGUGCUUUUAUUACCGCAAGUGGAAAACUAUUUAUGUGUGGCGACGGAAAAUACGGAAAGCUCGGCAUAGACGUCAAUCAAAUAACAACUCCGACGCUCGUGUUGGCGUUCGUAGACAAAAAUUUAAACGUACAGAUGGUCAGUUGUGGAGGAAAUCAUACUUUAGUUCACGCCGAGCCCCUCGACACGACUCACGUUAACAAUAGCUUACAACAACUAAAUCGUCUACUCAUUGCCUCCAUUAAGGGUUGUGAAAAGAUAAUCGAAGAUCGAAAAGAGAAUAUUGAACCAUUUACAUCGAUUACUCCAGCCAAAGAUAACGAACCGGAAGUAUUGAACAUAGCCAAAGAAAGCGGUGUAAAAGUAAUGCUAUACCAUUAUACGGAAAUUAACACAAAUUUGAUCGAUCAAGUUAAUGAGGAUAAAAAAAAAUCAUUCAAAGAUAAGAUACCAACGGAAAUAAAAAUCUCAAAUUUAGAAGAUGAAUCGGUAGAAAAAGAAGAGAAAAAUGCAAACAUGUUGGUUAUUAAUGAGAAAACCGAAAAAAAAGUAGUAAAUAAAUCAAAAUAUCCUAGAAACGAGAGAGUACGGUCUCGGAUGUGUAUAGUCAUUUAA